GUACUCUUCCAGAAGGCAAUAAUUAGGUUCUUCAUGACCUUCUCUUCUCUGCCAUUGCAAGGCAUUUGUAUGUGAAGAAAGAUGGCGAAUGAAUCAGGAGAUGAAGAGCAAAAGGGUGUGGUGGUGGAUGAGAAGGAUUAUAGUGAUCCUCCACAUGUUUUUCUCUUUGAUGCCCAUGAAAUUAAGCUGUGGUCUUUUUACAGAGCCAUUAUUGUGGAGUUUGUGGCCACGCUUUUGUUUCUGUAUAUCACCAUUGCUACUGUGAUAGGUGAUGCUCAUAACAAGGUGGGGUGUAAUGGAGUUGGAGUUGUGGGAAUUGCAUGGUCUUUUGGAGGAAUGAUAUUUGUUCUUGUUUACUGCACUGCAGGAAUCUCAGGUGGUCACAUCAACCCUGCUGUGACAUUUGGAUUCCUGUUGGCCCGCAAGGUGUCACUUCCACGUGCACUGCUUUAUAUAGCAGCCCAGUGUUUGGGGGCAAUAUGUGGAGUUUGUUUAGUAAAAGCUUUUCACACUAAAUUCUACGUAAGCGGUGGAGGUGGGGCCAAUUUUGUAGCGGUGGGCUACAGCAUUACCACAGGACUAGCCGCUGAAAUGAUAGGCACUUUUGUCUUGGUUUACAUUAUCUUUUCAUCAGUAGAUCCCAAACGAAGGGCUCGUGACUCACACGUGCCAGUUUUGGUGCCACUUCCUAUUGGGUUUGCGGUUUUCGCAAUACACUUGGCUACUAUUCCAAUAACUGGAACUGGAAUCAAUCCCGCUAGAAGCUUUGCUACAGCUGUUAUCUACAACCAUAAAAAAUCUUGGGAUGAUCAUUGGAUAUUCUGGGUAGGUCCAUUCGUUGGGGCUGCAGCAGCUGCCACAUACCACCAGUGCAUUCUUCGAGCAGGUGCAUUCAAAGCUUUGGAAUCCUUCCGCAACAAUCACAUUGGAAUUCACAGUAAAAGUCCACGUGAAUAGUAGUUUUAAGCUUUGUUCAAUCACCCGACCUUCUCUAGUGGUUUAUUAUUACGUUUUUCUUCCAUUUCCAUGCAAACUUUUAGUAACACUCAUGCUGCACUAAAUAGCUAAGGUUAAGUGUGGUGGUAUUAUCGCCUUUAAGUUUUAUAUAUAAAUAGUUGAAAUAAACAUAUAAGAACAUCUAAGUUUUUGAGUGAAUAUGAAGGAGGUAUUAUUUAAUGUUU